AUGAAGAGGGUCCAAAAAAAAAAAAAAAAAGAGGAUGGAGGAAGACGAGAAGCAAAUAAAAGCAACCCCCCAAAACCCAGGAAACGGGAAGUGAAGAGGAGAAGCAACGAAGGGGAGUGGCGGGAGGGCUGCAGGUACGACAGGGGAGCGGCCGGGGGCGGAGGGGGGCGCCCCGAGACGCCGCCGCCACCCGCCAGCUGCAGCCCGGUGCCGGCGCCGCGGAAGGCGGCUGCGUGCGGGACGGCGGCGAGGCCGGGGGACAGGAGAGGAGGGGAGAGCAGGGGAGAGCAGGGAAGGCGCGGCCCCGUGCAGGCGGAGGCCGGGCGCGGCCGCCGCCUCCAGCCCGCCUGCAGGUUGGCGCAGUGGCGGGGCCGCCGCCCGCCCGCCCGGGGCUGGAGCCGGCUCCUCCCCGUCCCCCCUCCUCCUCCUCGCUCCCGGAGCUGGUUGCCGGCGACGAGCACAAAGCCGGGCGGGGGGCCGCCGCCUUCCCCUCAGCGGAGCGGUUACCGCCGCCCCCUCGCCCCCGACCCGCUGCCUUCCCUCCUCCGGCCUCCUCCUGGAAGCCCCCGCGGCUCCCGCUGCCCCUGGGCGCGCCCCUCGCCGCCGCCCGGGCCCCGCAGCACCGCCCCGACCCUUUCCCCGGGGACAGCGGCAGCACGGCUCGGCUCGGCUCCAGGGGAAAGCCUCGCCCCGGCACAGCCCCCUGCCCGGCUCCCAGCCUGCCCGCACCCCGGUGCCGGUCUCGGGCAGGUCGUGCAGCCCGGUGCCAGCUCUGUCAGUACAAGUUGGUAUGCGUUGCUAUUUAGCUGA